CCAGCUUCUUGCAGGAAGAGGCCUGAGCAAGAAUGAGUAUGGAGAGGAGCCAAGGCGAAGGAAGUUUCUCUAGUCUGCUGCUGGAGGACAUAAAACGGAGGGUGAUCCGAGCUUUCCAAGGCUCAAGUGAUGCUGCCGCUGUCCAGCUGCAUACAGCAGUUGAAAACUCCCAUAAGGGUACCACUACAUUGACAGUCCAAGAGGAACUAAGAAGGAUGCGUGUAGAAGGAGCCAUUGCCUGGCUUCGUGUGGAACUGCUAGAGAUGAAAUCCCAGAACCACAAGCUUGCCAGAACUCUGCUGGAUUUAAGCGUGGAAAUACAGAGGCUGAGAAACGAAACCGACAUGUCAGUGGCUAUAGAAUCAAAGACACUAAGCACUACUGUAAUCCCAGAAAAAUAAACAGCAGUGCAAGGCAUAUAGUCUGAAAAAACAACACAUAUCCCAUUAGGGAUCUUGACAAAAUCUGAAGAUUAUGCUAUAAGUGAGGUUGAACUUGGUAACUACUUAACUCACUUAACUCAACUACUGAAGGCUUGCAAUCUGUAUGUUGGAAUUUGAUGUUUCCUUUAGACUUAGCCAAAGUAGAGAAAAGAAUGAGACACCUACAGAGAAGAAGCGCUGUUUUGCUUUUCAGAUGACUGGGCAUGUUCAGUCAAUAACUGCAUAUCUUAUCUGUAAAAAGAAAGACAAGAUAGAACAAUGCAGAUAAGAACACUUUGAGAGGGAUGAUGCCUAGUUCUUCCACAUUAAAUGCUUGAUUUCCCCCUGGUACUGGGGGUAAGAUCCCAUUGUAAAAACGCAAUCGUGUGUUAGUUUGAUAAUAGAUUAUUCUCUCCCAUAUUUUUCUUCUUUAAAUGCAAAUAGAGCUACAGCUCAGUGGAAUCUGUGCAUUUUGCCCAAAGCUCUAGGAAUUUGCAUCAAAAUGCAAUGUGGGAAAGAAUUAAACUAGGUAUUGGGAAAGUGCACAUGACUUGGCCAAAGUUACCAAAUGGGUAUCCAUGGCGGAGCAAGUAUAUGAAUCCUGUCUUCCAGAGUCCUAUUCAAAGAUUAGACAACUCCACUACAUUGGCUCUUACCUUAGAUAAGCAGAAAUAACAAUAGUGCAGAGUCUUGAUUGUUUAGCUAGUCCAACUGUGCAACAAAUCAAUGGAGAAGAAUCACCUCCAACUACAUCAUUACCAUCAUACAUCAGACCUUCCUUUCAUCACUCCCACCCACUCAAGCCAUGCAAUUAGCAAAUUAUUCUUGUAUGUGUCUUCUACUACAGUGAC